CCUGUCUCCCAGUGCGCAUGCAGCCACCCAACAACCAGACGCCUCCCUCAGGCGUCUGCGUCAGCCGCAAGACUACACGCUAAUGCGCUUGCGCAGUUGUGGCCCUUCCUCUCACCCCCCCCCACAUUUGCGCCUAUCUUUCGCUUUUAGUUGUCCGCGCUGAUCGCCUGCUACUAAUUUCUGAGGUAAUGGAGGUAAAUGGAAAGGCCUGAACGGUUCUGAACCUCAGAACGAGCGAAAUAACUUGUAGUUUUAGUUUUUAAUUAGAGCAAAACAAACCUCCUUUUAUGUUUGAGGGUUAUGGAGGGGGGAAUGGAGGUAGUUUAACCUCAGAACAAGACAGAGACAGGAUUAUCCCUGAAGAACUAUGAAUGAACUGUCUUCGAAUGGGCAUCCUUUUCUUUGUGGUGCUGACUCAUGCUGGGGUAUGGCUCCACAAGUGCCUGUUGCUCUUCAGUGCUUCACCCAAGAUUGGGAUCACCUCAGAAGAACUAUGACUGAACUGUCUUUAAAAGGUCUUCCACUUUCACAUGAUCCAGUGAUUGGAGAGCUGUUAGCUGAGAAACAGGCUGUGGACUUGAAGAAAGAAGAGAAACUAAGGAAGAAUAGAGAAGCCAUGAAAAAGCAUCGGGAAGAAGAGACUGCAGAACAGAGGGAAGAUAGACUGCGCAAAAACAGAGAGGCGAUGAGAGUGCGCCGUCAAAUGGAAUCCGAGGAGCAGCGAGAUGAUAGACUUCGUAAGAACCGUGAGGCCAUGAAACGGUUCCGUGAAAGAGAGACUGAAGCGCAGAGGCGUGAACGAUUGCGCAAAAACAGGGAAUCCAUAAAAAAUCGGCGACAACAAGAAUCACAGGAGCAGAGAGAAGAGAGACUGCGAAAAAAUUGGGAAUCAACCAAAGUUCGUCGGCAGGAAGAAACCGAGGAAGAGCGAGAGCAAAGGUUACGUAGGAACUGGGAUGGAAUUAAAAGGCGCCGUGAACAGGAAACUGAUGAGCAGCGACAAAAACGGCUGCGUAAAAAUUGGGAAGGAAUCAAGAACCGGCGGCAGCAGAAAAACGAGAGUGAGAAAGAAGAUAUGUUGUGCAGAAUUUGGGAAGCAAUGAGACAGUUUACCCAGCAGGAAAUGCAAGAGGAUAGAGACAAACAGUGUCACUUGCUUUUUGACAGGGGACUUGUAGAAGGAGCACAGGAGGGGAAGGAUGAAAGGUUGCAGAACAGGGAGACACCAAGGUGCUGUUUCCAACAAGAAAUGGAGCAAAGAAAAUGAAGAGAGAGAAUAUUGAAAACUAUAUUGCUUCAGUGCCAUGGUAUAUCCAGCACCUCCUAAAAUUGAAGUCUUUGACCAAUAAUGCUUUCCUGUUUUAGUUCUUGAACAUUUUAUGCCAUGGAACAUAUCAUGUCAUGCAGGUGGUGGAUAAAACCAUUUUAAUUCAUGAUGGUCAGUGAUUCACUAAACUCAAAAUACCAUGCUGGUCAAAUAUGACAACAUGGUGGUCACUGCACACAUUAACACUGUAGGAACAAUAUUGUAUUUUUCUUGGUCAGUUGCAACUGACUAAUUCCUUUUUGGAAAAGAAAUGCAGGAAAUGUUUCACUAUAUUGUAUGUUACUGGUAAUUAUGUCCGUCAUAAACAAUGUGGUUCAUUUCCGUUAAAAUGCAAAUGCGUUCACAACCAAGCCUUUGGAGGUCUUGUGUAGACAUUGACAAUAACAUGCAAAGGAAAUCAAAUACACUGAUUAAGGACCAGGAGCCUUUGCUCUAAAAUAUUGGUGAUGAAAUUUAAUAAAUUGUCAGCCCUCUUAUGA